GUUAGUCUGAAGAAACACUCUCUCUCAACACAUCCUCACAUCCAUUAACCCCUCCCUCUGCUUGGCCCUUCUUGAUGCACCACUGCAUACCAGGCCCUGCAAAACCAGUCUCCCUCAGUCGGAUGGUCUUGUCAGGGGGGGCUCCACCUGCUUUGAUGUCGCUGGACUAGGGAGAGGCUGCAGAGCCUAUUGGAAAAAAUAAAACAACUGGGUGAGGAAGAAGACGGCGGAUGGAAGCAGACUUGAUGGAAUAACUCACAGCUGUCCGCAAUCUCAACAGGAUAUUGCCAUCAGGAAUCAGUGGCAGGUGGCCUCUGAUUCCUGGCAGGGCUUCGUCCAAUCAGAUCCUGUGCAGUAGCAAAGCCCCAGCACUCAGAAACCAUGGCGUGUGCCUCGGUGAAAGUAGCUGUGAGGGUCCGACCCUUCAAUUCACGAGAGAUUGGAAAAGAUAGCAAGUGUAUCAUCCAGAUGUCAGGCAACACCACCACAAUUAUAAAUCCAAAACAGCCAAAGGAGAACAAGAGCUUCAACUUUGACUAUUCCUAUUGGUCGCACACAACGCCAGAAGAUGUGAACUUUGCAUGCCAAAGGCAGGUUUAUAAAGACAUAGGGGAGGAAAUGCUUUUGCAUGCCUUCGAGGGAUAUAACGUCUGUAUCUUUGCCUAUGGGCAAACUGGGGCCGGAAAGUCAUAUACCAUGAUGGGCAAGCAAGAGAAAGACCAAGAAGGCAUCAUCCCAUUGCUAUGUGAGGACCUGUUUACCAAGUUCAAUAACAAUAAUGACAACAGCAUGUCAUACUCAGUUGAGGUCAGUUACAUGGAGAUCUACUGUGAGCGUGUGCGGGACCUUCUGAACCCAAAGAACAAAGGGAACCUGCGUGUGCGAGAGCAUCCUCUGAUGGGUCCGUAUGUGGAGGACCUAUCUAAACUGGCUGUUACUUCCUACAAUGACAUUCAAGACCUGAUGGACUCUGGAAACAAGGCCAGGACUGUGGCGGCCACCAACAUGAAUGAGACCAGCAGCCGCUCCCAUGCUGUAUUCAACAUCAUCUUCACACAGAAACGACAUGAUAGUGAUUCAGAAAACACGUCUGAAAAGGUCAGCAAAAUCAGCUUGGUAGACUUGGCAGGGAGUGAGCGGGCGGAUUCUACUGGAGCUAAAGGCACGAGACUUAAGGAAGGAGCCAAUAUCAACAAAUCUUUAACAACACUGGGCAAAGUUAUCUCUGCGUUGGCCGAGAUAGACUCUGCACCAAACAAGAACAAGAAAAAGAAGAAAGUUGAGAGCUUUAUUCCAUACAGAGAUUCAGUUCUGACAUGGCUGCUGAGGGAAAACCUUGGAGGUAACUCUCGCACUGCUAUGGUAGCAGCUCUAAGCCCUGCUGAUAUUAACUAUGAUGAGACACUCAGCACACUCAGAUAUGCUGACCGAGCCAAGCAGAUCCGUUGCAACGCCGUCAUCAACGAAGACCCCAACAACCGCCUGGUGCGUGAGUUGAAGGAAGAGGUGGCUCGUCUGAAGGAUCUGCUUUAUGCUCAGGGUCUUGGAGACAUCAUUGAGACAUAUCGGGCACAAGCUCCUGGGAUGUCUGCUCUCAAAUACUUGUCCAGUUACAAGACUAAUAUCAAUAGCAUCCAGGCUAUCAAUCAAAGGGGUGAUUUCUCCACAGUGACCAAUGCCAUGACAGGGAUGAGCCCCUCCCCCUCUCUCUCUGCCCUGUCCAGCCGAGCUGGCUCCAUCAGCAGUCUGCAUGACCGGAUCAUGUUCAGCCCGGGAAGCGAGGAAGCCAUUGAGAGGCUGAAGGAAACUGAGAAGAUAAUCGCAGAACUCAAUGAAACUUGGGAAGAGAAGCUUCGCCGCACAGAGGGGAUUAGAAUGGAAAGGGAGGCACUUUUAGCUGAAAUGGGUGUGGCGAUGAGGGAAGAUGGAGGAACUGUUGGAGUCUUUUCACCAAAGAAGACUCCACACCUGGUCAACCUCAAUGAAGAUCCACUGAUGUCUGAGUGCUUACUAUACUACAUUAAAGAUGGAAUCACCAAGGUUGGCCGCGAGGAUGCCAGCAGUCGUCAGGACAUUGUCCUGAGUGGCCAUUUCAUUCAAGACGAACAUUGUAUCUUUACAAGUAGUACAAAUGCCUCGGGAGAGGGUACGGUGGUCCUGGAGCCCUGUGAGGGAACAGAGACUUACGUUAACGGCAAGAGAGUGACAGAGCCCACUAUUCUCAGAUCAGGUAACCGUAUCAUUAUGGGCAAGAGCCACGUGUUCCGUUUCAAUGACCCAGAGCAAGCACGGCAAGAGAGGGAGAGGACCCCAUGUGCAGACACACCUGUGGAGCCGGUGGACUGGGCCUUUGCCCAGAGAGAGCUAUUGGAUAAACAAGGCAUUGAUAUGAAACAAGAGAUGGAGCAAAGGUUACAGGAGCUGGAGGAUCAGUAUCGCAAGGAGAGAGAAGAAGCAAGCAAUCUUCUGGAACAACAGAGAUUGGACUAUGAGAGAAAGCUGGAAGCUCUUCAGAGACAGGUUAACUCCAGAUAUUACCCAGAAACCACUGAGGAAGAGGAGGAACCAGAAGAUGAAGUGCCGUGGACAAAGCGGGAGACAGAACUGGCUCUCUGGGCUUUCCGGAAAUGGCGAUUCUAUCAGUUCACCUCUCUCAGAGACCUGCUCUGGGGAAACGCAAUUUUCCUCAAGGAGGCUAAUGCUAUUAGUGUGGAGCUGAAAAAAAAGGUUCAGUUUCAGUUUGUGCUGUUAACGGACACACUGUACUCCCCGCUGCCCUCUGACCUCCUGCCCCCCAGCAUAGCCAAAGACAGGGAGAAAAGGCUGUUCCCUCGCACCAUUGUUGCAGUAGAGGUCCAGGACCAGAAAAAUGGUGCCACACACUACUGGACCCUGGACAAACUCAGACAAAGACUGGAUUUGAUGAGAGAAAUGUACGACCGGGCAGCAGAGGUACCCAGUACGACAGUUGAGGACUGUGAUCACAUGAUGUCCGGUGGUGACCCUUUCUAUGACCGCUUUCCAUGGUUCCGACUGGUUGGUCGCACUCCUAUUCUCAACACGUGCAUGAGCGAGCGCAUGAGUGACCUUACCCUCUCCCCCACCCUCUCCGACCCCGACUCUGACAUAACCGAGCUUGCCGAUGAGCGGCAUUAUGGGAAGGUGGAGGAUGAGGAGUUGGAGGACCUGGAUGAUGAGAUCUUUUUGGAGGACCCUGGCUCAGAGCUUGGGAGAGAGGAGGAGGAGGAUGGUGUGGGGGAGCACUGCCCAGGUGUCAGCGAUGGCCAGGACCCCUUUUACGACCGCUGGCCUCUGUUCAGUUUAGUGGGAAGGGCAUUUGUGUAUCUGAGUAAUCUGCUGUACCCUGUGCCAUUAGUGCACCGUGUGGCCAUUGUAAGUGAGAAAGGCGAGGUCAAGGGGUUCCUCCGAGUAGCAGUACAAGCCAUAUCAGCUGACGAAGAAGCUCCUGAUUAUGGCUCCGGUGUGAGACAAUCAGGAACUGCUAAGAUUUCAUUUGAGGAUCAACAAUUUGAGAAGUUCCAGACAGAAACUUGCACCGCUGGGACAAACACAUCUCAAGAGGAGCUGCGCAUCGUAGAAGGAGAAGGACAAAACUCCGAGAUCAGUGCUGAUGAGGUCAACAACAACACCUGUGCAGCCUCUCCUGAUGUUCCUAACAGUCCUCUGAAGGGCUUUCUGGAAUGUCCUCUUGAUGUGGCUCAGGAAAAAUCAUUUCAGCACUUAAAAAUCGGCAGCAACUUCACCUUUAGGGUCACAGUGCUUCAGGCCUCCAGCAUCUCUGCUGAGUAUGCAGAUAUCUUCUGCCAGUUCAACUUUAUUCAUAGGCAUGACGAGGCAUUUUCCACUGAGCCAUUAAAGAAUACCGGCCGAGGGCCUCCUCUGGGAUUCUACCAUGUACAAAAUAUAACCGUAGAGGUCACCAAGUCUUUUGUGGAAUACAUCAAGGGUCAGCCAAUCGUUUUUGAGGUAUUUGGCCACUUCCAGAAACAGCCCUUCCCUCCUCUCUGUAAGGACUUGAUAAGUUCAUUACGUCCAACAAGAAGGCAGUUCCCUAGGGUCAUGCCUCUGUCAAAGCCAGUGCCUGCCACAAAACUGAGCACACUCACACGCUCCACUGCUGGCCCCUGUCACUGCAAAUAUGACCUUAUGGCAUUCUUUGAGAUCUGUGAGCUGGAGGCCAACGGGGACUAUAUCCCAGCUGUUGUUGAUCACAGGGGUGGAAUGCCCUGCCAUGGUACAUUCCUGUUGCACCAGGGCAUCCAAAGGAGAAUUACAGUCACUAUUGCCCAGGAAACCGGCAAUGAUUUUGAGUGGAAGGAGGUUAAAGAGCUCGUCAUAGGGCGCAUCCGUAACACACCCGAGGCAGAUGAGACUAUCAUUGACCCCAACAUCCUGUCCCUCAACAUCCUGUCUUCAAGCUACAUACGACCAUCUUAUGAUGACAGAGUGUCAUUGGGAAUUGACCAUAGGACAUUUUAUCGCUUUGAGGUAGCAUGGGAUAGCUCCAUGCACAACUCCCUUCUGCUGAACCGUGUCACUCCAUAUGGAGAGAAAAUUUACAUCACCCUCUCUGCCUAUCUUGAGAUGGAGAACUGCACUCAGCCCACUGUCAUCACAAAGGAUUUUUGCAUGGUGUUCUACUCCAGAGACGCUAAACUUCCUGCGUCUCGCUCCAUUCGAAACCUCUUCAGCACUGGUGCCUUUAGGCCGUCUGAGAGUAACCGUGUGACUGGAGUGUACGAAUUAAGCCUCUGCCAUUUGGCUGACAUUGGAAGUCCUGGUAUGCAAAGGCGGCGCAGACGGGUGCUGGACACCUCAGUGGCGUAUGUGCGUGGAGAGGAGAACCUUGCGGGUUGGAGGCCCCGCAGUGAUAGCCUCAUCCUGGACCACCAGUGGGAGCUGGAAAAACUUAGUCUCCUACAAGAGGUGGAGAAGACCAGGCAUUACCUUCUGCUGAGAGAGAAGCUAGAAGCAUCUCUGCUGCUGGGACAGGACUCUUUCUGUGGAAAAGACCUCAUGGACUCACCUAAGGCCUCCAGCCCCCUGAUCAGCCCGGUAGUCAGUCUGGGUCUGGACAGUCCCAACGAGAGGCAAAGGGAGCUGGCUGCCAAGUGUGUGCGACUGCUCAUGCACACCUUCAACAGGCAGUACAGCCAGGUGAGCAGCAGUCUCAGUGAGAGCAAGCUGUCAGAGAUGUCCGCAUCCUUUUUAAGAGACGGUUCUUCUUCACCUCUGAGCACUCUGACUCCCUCAUCCACCUGUCCAUCACUGGUGGACAGUCACUAUGGCAAUCCAGAUCUCAGAGGAGCUGAGGCUAAUUCGGGUGCCUCUAGCCCUGAUCUCGACCCCUUCAGCCCCAUAGAGCGAAAACACAGGAGCUGCGCCUUCAUCCCGAACAUCCAGGAGAUUCGUGUCAGCCCAAUUGUGUCAAAGAAAGGCUAUCUACACUUUCUUGAGCCCCAUACCAGUGGCUGGGUGAAGCGGUAUAUUGUGGUCCGACGGCCUUACGUCUACCUGUACCGCAGUGAGAGAGACUGCGUGGAGAGAGCCGUCAUCAACCUGUCCUCUGCUCAGGUGGAGUACAGCGAAGAUAAGCAGACCAUGCUGAGGGCUCCUAACACUUUUUCAGUAUGCACUGAGCAUCGCAACAUUCUCCUCCAAGCAGGCAAUGACAAAGAGAUGCAUGACUGGUUGUACGCUUUCAACCCACUGCUGGCAGGAACUAUCAGGUCUAAGCUUUCCAGAAGAAAAUCAGGACAGAUGAGGAUGUGAAAUCAUUUUUUUCCCUCUGGCUCAAACCAUAAAAAGGCCUAAAAGGCCUUAGUGAUGUAAUUAGGUCAUGUGAUCAUAAGUGCCCUGUCCCCAUGUCAUCACAGCUGCCUCUUGCCUGCCCGUCCCAGCAUUCCCCUCAGUCUGUCCAUGCCAACCAUAGACUGCGGGCUUCACAGAAUGUGUGUUGAUGUGUGUCUCAGGCCCUAUUUAGUGUACAUUUAAGCACUUCCCGCUAACAUACAGUAGCUAAAAGCUAGAAUGGCAAAACGACAUCAUAGACACUGCCCUACUCUUAACUGCAUUCGUUCAUUUGUAAAUUCGACUCGAUGCUCUGUUUCUGUAUGUGCUGCUUCAGAGUAAUGUCAAGUGCUUUUACCUGGGCUUCAGUAGUUGCCUGAUCAUUCUGCUGCGAUCAUUGUGCUUUUCGAAGAGAUUCAGAGCUUAUUUUGAAGUCGCGGAUGAUAGAAGAUUUGAGAAUUGAGAUGGAUUUUAGACUAAAAGAAGUAAUUGUCUGUUAUUUUCGACAAAAAUCGGCAUCGCAAUAGUACAAAAACGUUUAGUUUGUGUUUUGCUUUGAUCUGUAAUGUCUUUUUUUACAUUACAUCUUUACGUUUACUUAUCUAUUAAGCAUUGUAUGUUUUAUAAACAUAAUUUAUUUGUAGUGUGCUACAACAAAAAAUUCACCUUGCACUUUUGAUAAUGAGUUAGGUUCGUUUUGGUUCAUUUGCACUAGAGCUCUGCUGCUAAGAGAAUCAGCUUCUUUAAUGUGGGCUUUUCAACAGCUUAUUUUUACGCACAAAAUUAGAGAGCGGUGUUGCUAAAUUUCCUUUAACUGAUGCACUUAAUGCAAAUGCAUCAGUGCACAUUAUAACACAAAUUUCUAAUAAUAUUAUGCGGGAGGUUUAUGUUCAGAAACACGACCUCUUUUGUAGCUGUUUUGUUUAGGUCAUCCCAGCCUUACGUCUUAUUAUAGAAUAUCUGUAUUCAAACCUAUUACAUGGUGUUUUCCUAGGGAGGUGACAUCUUGUAAGAGAAGAUCCAGUUUUAGUGUUAGAACAUAAAACAGAAAGUCUAUAAACUCCCCAAUAUAGAGAACGUUAUAUUUAGCUCAAUGGUAGAAAUAUAUCUGUUAUAUUGUUGGUUUUUUGCUCCACCCUUUUUACGAUGACCAUAUGCGUAUACUAAGUAUUGAAAAGCCGUGUUUCUUGUCAUGGCAACUACAUCUUAUAGAGGUAUAACCAGAGGCCGUUGUAUGCUGAUGAACUCAGAAAUCUCUUGUUUGGUUUGGGCUCAUGCUAUUGGUCAGUCAGCCAUUUAGUAUGUUGCUUUAGUAUGUUGGAUUGAUGUUUUGUGCAAUGGGUCAGCCAACCCAAAGAGCACAAAAUGAAGCUGCUGUGAAUGUAUCUGAGAGAUUUGAGCUGGUCUUUACCUCUCAAAAUGGUUUCUUCAUAAGGAUAAGUUUAAGUAUGCCUUUAUAGACUCUUACAUUAUGGAUCUGAAGUGUAAAUGAGGGAUAGAUGAUUAAGUUUUGGACAAUAUGUUGACAGUCAUACCUCCCAGUGCCCUGCCUUUUUUUUUUUUUACCCAUUCCUGUCUUUGAUUAUGCUAUGUAUAUGAUGGCAUGCUGUACAUAUUUAUUCAGCUUCUAAAUGAAAUGUAUCAAAUGUAUUCCAUUUACCUCCAUACAGUAUAAGAGUAGCAUUUACAUAAAAAUAAUUGAUUCAGUCGUAUUAUUUUACCGUUUGAAGGAUCACUGUCGUCUAUGAGCAUUUAGUGUCCGCAUUUACAUGAUGCCCUGAAGAUGAAGCAUUCAACAGGACUUUGUCAGCAUACAUACUAUAUAUUGCAGAUAAACAAGAUUGUUAGGGUUUGUAGUUGAUGUGUCUCUCUUUCACUCUCAAUGGAACCACAUCUUUCUGAACAUCAUUUUGAAUAAACAUUUUUCAUCAUUCAUCCAAAUAUUCCAAACUUAAAAAAGAGAAACUCAAUAUAAUUAAGUGUAGCUACUGUAAUUGCUUCAAUAUUUGUUGAUUUUCUCUGUAUAUAAACCCAACUGUGGUCUAGCACACGGCUGAUAACCACUUUAUACCAUAAUGAAUGGACUGUAGUGUACUCAGUGCUCAACUUCUUUGAGUGUUGGACCUGUGUCUUCUAAUGUCUGUGGACACUUAACACUUUGUCUGGUGUGAAAUAAAUGUGAAAUAUGCGCAACGUUA